UCGGAACCGGUGCCCUUUCUUUCUUGCUGCUUCAGCUGCGUGCUUCGAAAGUACAAGAUUUCAGCUCCUGAAGGUCUUGGAAGAUCGCCACUUUGGCUGCAAAUUUUUCACAAUUGCGCUCAUAUUUCGACGAUUUCUGUCAACCAUGGAAAGACCUAAAUGUUACUUUGACAUGACCGUCGGUGGUAAACCAGUUGGAAGGGUUGUUUUUGAGCUCUACAGUGAUGUUGUCCCUAAAACAGCAGAGAAUUUCCGUGCCCUGUGCACCGGGGAGAAGGGCUUUGGCUACAAGGGGUCCACCUUCCACCGUGUGAUUCCUGGCUUCAUGUGUCAGGGGGGCGAUUUCACCAACCACAAUGGCACUGGGGGAAAGAGCAUCUACGGGGCAAAGUUUCCCGAUGAGAACUUCCAGGAGAAGCACACCGCAAUUGGUAAACUGUCGAUGGCGAAUGCUGGUCCGAACACCAACGGCUCCCAGUUCUUCAUCACAACAGCCAUUACCAACUGGCUCGACGGUAAACAUGUAGUAUUCGGACAGGUCGUAGAAGGCAUGGAUAUCGUGAAAGAAAAGAUAGAGAAAGUUGGAUCCCAAAGUGGAAGCACCUCGGCCAAAGUUGUUAUUGCCGACUGCGGGCAAGUGUAAAGAGCAGAGAGUAUAAGGGGUUGGGGGCCGGUAAGAAGGUACGAGUUACUCCCCCCAUCCCCAGGCGAUCAUACCCCUUAGAUGCAGUAGUGAGUGAAUCAUCAUAGGUUUGCAUUUAAUUGAAAAUUUCUGGUAUUAGGAGUUGUGGUCCAAGAAGCAUUUUUAUUGGAGAUUGUAUCUUUCUUUUCCCCUCCAGAAGCAGGUAGUCGAUUAAAGCGUAUGUUUUUGUAGGAACCCUAAGGAGUUAAUUGCUUCUUAUUGUUAGGAUAUUGAAAUUGGACAGAUAUGCAAUGGCGACUUGACAUUCUCCCGGUAGUCUGGAUUGUUAAUUGGAAAUAGUUUACAGUCGGUGUAUUGAACAAAGUUCAAAUUGCAAAACUCAUGUUAGUUUUGUAUGCGGUAAUGGAAAAAGAGCCUAGAAUAAGUCAUACCAGUUCAACUUGUGGCAAUCAGCCUCUACCUGUCUAUGAUGGUGAUUUUAUGUAUAAGGACUGGUAAUGACAGGCGUCAUUAAAUGCCUUUUCAUCAGGGAUUUCACUGUACUAGACUUGUCAGGCUUGUCCCACCCACUCUCUCGUCACGAUGUACUGAAGCACUGCAUGAUUAGUUUUUGUAUUGUGGUUAAAAGAAAAAAAAUGUUGUGAGAAUGCAUGACAUGAGCAGCAGAGGACUUUUCCGAAUUUGUCAACGUGGGUAGAAAAAUUAUGAUAAUUUCCAGACGGAGAUCUACUCUUGCAGGCUGACGAUCAAGCACACCGAUAUUGUAUAAACCUGUAUUAAGCACGCGGAUUUCUUUCAACCCGCACCAUCUUGAAAGUUAACCGCUAGAAAAUUAUUUGGUUCAAAUGUAUGGGUGAAUUUUGAACACCUCCAGGGGCACACAAAUAAGUUCUGCCUGAAAUAAACAGCCUUUUGCGAGUCGACUUUGAACAAAAUCUGGUACACCGAGUGACUUGCUUGCUCAUAGAUACAACAAUUUGACUUCCCCAGACUAAAUA